GGUGUCAAAACAGGAAAAGCGUCGGAAGUGGAAUCUGUUAAUGGCAAAAGGGAAGCCGAAGAGGAGCUCAGCAGACUCGUCUUCAGUGGGGGGCGUGAGAGCGACUCGAACAGAGAUGAAACAACCAGAUGAACGUGAUUCUCUGUCCCUCGCUGCCUUUGUUUUGGUUGUCGCUCUCUGCGUGGUGCCGCUGACAGCUCACACAUCUACCUCUGGCUUCCCUCAUCAGAAGCUGAAGAUGGAUGAGGCACUUCUGACAGUCAACAAUGAGGUGGACACUGAGGUGGUGGUGUCCUGGGUGUCAGACCGCUGCUACCAGUGUCUGUACCAGCAGCUCGGGGUGGUUCCUGCGGGGUCCAGUCCUGGUCAGCCCAGUUCAGCGGACUUCAUUGUGAGCACGCAGCAUCAAAUGACACUCCAGCUCAACAACACUUCUGUCAAAAUGGAGCUCUGCAAGGUCCCCUUCCACUUCGGCGAGCACGGAAACUACUCGCUGUGGGUGAAAAAUCUCAACGACUCCUCGGUGGUCAACUGCUCGGUGGUGACGGAUGAAGAAGCCUUCAACAGCUACAUCCCCGUGCUGAUCGCUUUCGUCAUCUUUGCUGGACUCGCCUUGAUGUCUACUAUCGGAAGAACGAUAUAUGGGCUUGAAGUCGUCAGGGGGAUCCUCUUCAGAAUCGGCGGCUCCAUGGAAACCGAGCGGCUCAUAAACUCUGAGUUAGGCUCCCCUGGCAGGAUAAUACCGCCGGUGACUGACAACAUCCUCCCUCCACCGCCCAGUCCCAGCAAGAGGCUGCGAUCUCUGGACACAUUCAGAGGUAUCUCCUUAGUCAUCAUGGUGUUCGUGAACUACGGAGGGGGGCGAUACUGGUUUUUUAGACAUGAAAGCUGGAAUGGGCUCACAGUUGCAGAUCUUGUAUUUCCUUGGUUUGUAUUCAUUAUGGGGACGUCCAUCGCCCUGUCGAUCAACUACCAGCUCCGCUCAGGCGCCACACGCUGCUCAAUGCUGAGGAAAGUAAUAUGGAGGAGCCUCCAGCUCUUCAUCAUCGGCGUCAUCAUCAUCAACCCAAACUACUGCCAAGGACCAUUAUCGUGGAACAACCUGCGGAUCCCAGGUGUGUUACAGCGUCUGGCCUGCUCAUAUCUAGUAGUAGCAUGCUUGGAUUUGUUGGUGGCAAGAGGUCAUCUCGACAUCCUUACUACGGAUGCAUGUUGGUCCCCUGGACUUGAUAUCCUGCUGUACUGGCCAGCCUGGCUGUGUGUGCUUCUCUUAGAAACCAUCUGGUUAUGCCUCACUUUUCUCCUCCCAGUACCAGAUUGCCCAACAGGCUAUCUGGGUCCAGGUGGGAUUGGGGACAUGGGCCUGUAUGCUAACUGCACCGGUGGAGCAGCUGGUUAUAUUGACAGGUGGCUGUUGGGAGAUUCCCACAUCUACCAGAAUCCCUCAUCACGGGUGAUUUAUGGAACUCAUAUGCCAUAUGAUCCAGAAGGGAUUCUUGGAAGCAUCAACUCCGUCCUCAUGGCUUUUCUUGGAUUACAGGCAGGGAAAAUAAUCUUACACUACAGAGACGUUCACACAAGUAUCAUAUCAAGGUUCCUCAUAUGGGGACUCUUACUGGGAGUCAUAUCAGCAGCUCUCACCAAGUGCUCCACAGACCAGGGCUUCAUUCCUGUCAACAAGAACCUAUGGUCCCUCUCCUAUGUCACCACACUGGCCUGUUUUGCAUUUGUGCUGCUGGUAGUUGUGUACUACACAGUGGAUGUGAAGAAGUGGUGGUCAGGGGCACCUUUCUACUACCCUGGUAUGAACUCCAUCCUUGUGUACGUGGGCCAUGAAGUGUUUGAGGAGUACUUCCCCUUCCGUUGGCGCAUGGUCAACAGCCAAUCCCACGCCGAGCAUCUCACUCAGAACCUCGUGGCUACCUCCUGUUGGGUCCUCAUCUCCUACCUGCUCUACAGAAAGAGGAUUUUCUGGAAAAUUUAAA